AUGGAUGACGCUGCCAGUUUUCUUCUCUUGCUUCCUCCUCCGCCAUCACCUCCAACUAUUCCCGCUCUCAAAGAACUAUAUGGAGAUACCCUCACUCAAGUUCUGAAAGAGGCCGACCUGGCUUCCAAAGAAUCAGUCCAACCCUCGAUCCUCGAUAUCGCUCUGGCCAUACCUCACUUGACCGCACAAGCUGCUAUUCCGCGUGCGGAGCUCUAUGCACCCACACAGACUAUCCUUGCCGCCGUCUACAAACUUAUUUGCUUGAUUGCUGCUCAAGAGCACGUCAAUGUCGAAGACGCCGAUGGUGUUGAUGUCCGCAUCCUUCCAGUCGCCUGGUCUCCUCAAUCUAGUUUCGAUGCUUCUGCACACCCUACAUCCUAUGGUCCUGUGCUUGAUUUGCAGUCUCUGGCUGCCAGCCAGCGUCCAUGGCAGUACGCAUUUGGCGUAGAGAAUGAUCAGGGAGAAGUCUUUGUCCGUGCCUUUGUCGCAGCUAAACAGGCUGCCGCUAACCACCAUUGCGAUUGCCAUCCAACAUCUGGAGGAUCAAAGCCCAUUGCAACCCCUCGUCUAUCGGCCAAGGAACACCACCACGUUGCUGUUGGCGGUACCUUCGACCACCUGCAUAUCGGUCACAAGCUUCUACUGACUAUGACUGCCUUUUCCCUUGACCAGACUCGGCCCGAGUCUGUCAUCACCGUUGGCAUCACAGGUGAUGAACUGCUCAAGAACAAGAAGUACGCCGAGCAACUCCAAAGCUGGUCUGAUCGUCAAGCAUCCGUUCACCGCUUCCUCGACGCAAUUCUGAACUUCGCAUCUGCUGAUGCUGCGGAUCCCGUCGUAGAAGAGAUCAACGAGUCAGGCCCAAACGGUCAUGCAGUCAACAUCAGAUAUCCCAAUGGGUUGAGUGUCCGAUGCGUUGAGAUCUGGGAUCCCUUUGGCCCAACCAUUACCGAGAAGGAAAUCUCCGCUCUGAUCAUUUCUGGAGAAACCAGAGCUGGCGGCAGUGCAGUCAAUGACAAACGCACUGAAAAUGGAUGGGCCAAGUUAGAUGUGCUAGAAGUUGAUGUCCUAGACGCUAAAGAGACUUCGAGUGCUGCAUCGCAGCAAAACUUUGAGGGCAAGCUUAGCAGCACUGAAAUUAGGAAGAAGCAUGCUCAAAAGACAGCAUCGUUAUAG